CCGGAGACGGCGAGCGGCUGACGUGAUGUGGGUAGGAAGAACGCGUACUACUUUUCAAAUAAUCCCCAAAUUCCACCUGCUCUCCUGGUCUUCCUCUCAAUCCGCUUGCCAUCGAUCGGCUACCCACCAAACUCCCUCACUCCGCUGAGUGUUUGACCUGCUUCGGCAGCGGCCGCGAGAGCUUCCUUGGGUAUAAUCAAUUCCCCUUUUCCACUCGUAAUUGCUGGCUUCUUGCUCGCUAUGAAUUGCAUGUUCUUGAUUGGUCUGUGGUUGUGAUCCGUCCGUGUUGGUGGUGGAUUGGGAGUUUGGGGGAAAGGGGAAUGGUUGGUGAUGUCGAGGUUGAUGAAGGAACGGGACCGGAGGAUUCGGUGUUGGAGUUGGUGGCGGCCAGGAGAACGCACGCCAUGUGUUCGUCGGAUUGUCGCAGCCAGCUCUGAGUAUUGAAUUCUUGCUAGGGGAGAGAUUGGAGCUUCGUUGCUGUUGCUCUAGUGGUUUGUUUGACCGGAAGCGAGGCCAUAUGGAUGCUGUGAAUGUUCUUGCCUCGGCGACCCAGCUGGUGUCCGCGAUGCUCACCGCGGUCGGCGCGCUGGAGCAGGCGGCUGCCGACUUCGCCGAGGCUCCCAGGAGGCUCCAGGUUCUUGAGGAUUUUGUGUCCGACCUUGGGCUGUUGAUGCAGCAAUCCAAGCAGAAGCACGCGCACAAGAUGCACGCGCCGCAGCUCGAGCGUCAGCUCCAGAGCCUAGGCAAGCUGAUGGACCAGCUCCAUGCCAACAUCACAAAGGCGAGGCGGGUGUUGAAGAAAGGCAAAGGGAAGAAGGGCUUGGCCAGAGUUGUGUGGAGCUCGGUGACAGGGGACCCUCUGAUGAAGUAUGUUCAGCUGAUCAGGGAUGAUCUCAACUGGUGGCUUGAGUUACAGAAGCUAACAGAGAGUGUGGGCAAUGUCAUAGCGUCUACAGCUAAGAGUACGCCAUCCUUGGUGAGAGUCAAGUCGGAGCAUGGCUAUCCAGUGUCAAAGAAGUGCAGCUAUGUCAGGGAGCUGCUUAUCAAUGAUGGUAGUCAUCGAGUUGUCCUGAUUGUCGGGUUAUCUGGUAUUGGGAAGUCGUGUCUUGCUCGACAAAUAGCUUCUGACCCGCCUGGUAAUUUUGUGGAUGGUGCAAUUGAGCUUAGUUUUGGGCGGUGGUGCAGUAGAGCGGCAUGCAAUGGUAAUAGGGAUGAAUACCACAAGCGUCUUGUUCGGAAAAUAUGUAAAUUUCUUGUGCAGAUUGGUUCCAUGACUGUCAAUGAGGAUGUGGGCAAAGAUCUUGAAGAUGUCUGUUACUUGCUUCAGACUGCAUUGGUAGGAAGGAGCAUGCUGAUCCUACUUGAUGAUGUCUGGGAGCAAGACAUAGUUGAUCGCUUCACAAACCUAUAUGAUAAUGAUUGCCGGUAUCUUGUGACAACGAGGGAUGAGGCAAUUUAUGAGAUUGCAGAAGCUGAAAAGGUGGAAAUAUCCAAAGAUGAUAUCAAAGAAAUUGGCAAGGACAUUCUUCUCUAUCAUAGCCUUCUUACUGUUGAAGAGCUCCCGCCUGUUGCGUACGACUUGCUGGAUCGUUGCGGCCACCAUCCCCUUACAGUUGCUGUCAUGGGUAAGGCUCUCAGAAAGGAGACCAGAGUCGAAAAAUGGGAUAGAGCAAUCUCCAACCUUUCCACAUAUGCAACUUGUGCACCUGGACCGGUUUCAUAUGUGAAUGAGAAAGAAGUGGAAACCACAUUGACCAUCUUUGGGUCUUUUGAGUUCAGCUUAGAAGCAAUGCCAGAAAAUUCAAGAAGGUUUUUCAUGGUGCUUGCAGCUAUCUCAUGGGAUGAACCUGUUCCAGAGGCUUGCCUUGAAUCCAUGUGGUCAGCACUCAUGCAGGACACUUUAUUCCCCCUCGUGGUCUCGAAACUAGUAGAAGGCUCACUCAUUAUCAAACUGGAAGACCAAUCGAUGUAUCAUAUGCAUGACAUGGUUUCGCUUUACCUCGAGAGUAAAACAGACAACGCUGUUCAUACUCUUUUGUUCGGUUCAUUUCCUGAAUAUGCUGCAUUGGUGUCUCCUUGGCUUUUCAUUUUUGGCAAAGAGAGCGCAAAAGAGCGAGCUGAACAGAAGAUAAGAUCAUUAUUUUCUUUGCUAGAGUUCAUGGAGAUAGAGAUUUUACUAGGAAGCACCACCCAAGCUCUCAUGGAAUGCAAAUCCAUAUCUGAAUUUGAGGCUAGCAGGCUUCACUUCAGCAAAAUACUUAGUCCUCGAAUAGCGGAGUUAAUUUCUGUGGGGUCAACAUCUCUCAUUGUUACUGUCACCAAAUCUAUUACAGUAAUCUUUUUCCAAGGAGAUUAUGCUAAGCUUGCUCAGUCUCUUGAAACAGCAGGUUCUGUGGAUAAAUUAAUUCAUGUUCUUCGUGGCUGUGAAGAUUCUUCUACUCUAGCCAAUGUUUCUACUGUUCUUGCCAAGAUAUCUGAGCAUGUUGAUGCUACAACUGCUGAUGAAAUUUUGGCAACCAUUCCUAUGGACCAAAUUGCGAAAUUACUCUCUCCUGAGAAUGAAGAAUGGCAUGAAAUUGUGUUUACAACUCUAGCAUCUUUGAUAAAGGUGGGAAAGUUAAGGGCUGUUGAGACAAUGAUCGAAUCAGGAAUUGACAAGAAGCUUCUUGUUCUUCUAGGCAGUGGUUCUGAGAUCUCACAGCAUCAUGCGAUUAUCAUGCUAAAAACAUUCUGUGAACUUGGUGCGCCACUUCAGGGGUGCAUGGGACCUGGAGCGUUGACUCAUUUGCCUUGGCAUGCUCGUCUCAGUUUGGAGAGAUUUGUUUUAUUUGACCAAAAUGUAACUCCAUCACCAAAGCCUCAACAAUCUUUUGAGUUGAUUCUUCACAAGAUACUGCACAGAGACAACAAAGAUAACAUUGAGGCGAUCCAAGGUUUAUUACCUCUCGCUGAGAGGGCUAAUGAUUCAAGGGUGCAAGAUCUCCUUUUGGGAAGCAAUAUGUCCAAUGGGUUGGCACUGCUGCUGCAACGGAGAGACAUUGAAAGCAACCAAGUGAGGUCUCACACUGCUUUUCUGGUGAUGAAAUUAGCCUGCACUGGAGGGGAACCAUAUGUCCAUAGGUUCUUAGAGGCUAACAUUGUUCAUGAGCUAAUUGACAUGAUGCAGUGCAACAUCAACGAUCUCCAGGAUUCAGCAUACUAUGCCCUUCACCAGAUUAUCUUUGCGAAGGGGGGAUCACUUGUAUUACAGAGAUUUUUACAAGCAGGAACCAUUGAAAAAUUGGUUAACUUGCUUGACCGCAAGUCUUCAAAGACAAAGGAACUAACAAUGCAGCUUCUGGUAGACAUUGCGGUGGUCGGAACCAAACCUUGCAUCGAAAGAAUGCUCUCGUCCCAAAUCAUCGAGAAAUUUGUGGCACUCGAGAAAGCAGGUGGGUCUUUCAGUGGAGCGGUAUCAAGAUACGUGCAGGGGUUGAACAUGUGCAAGAACGUCCAGUCUGCUGAGAGAUCAGUCAUGAAGCAACAGAUUCUGAGGAAAGUGAGAUCAGAGAUAAGAGGUCAUGAUCUGGAAGCAAGUCUAGUUGCCUCUGUGGAAGCUUGCAUUUCUGAAAAAGGAGCCAGCAGCAGGAGGAAAAAGUAGAAAAAAUUUCUGCCAAAUGCAGCAACUUUAAAAGUAUAGACCUGAUGGCGCCUGCUGCACACUUAGAUAAUUUACUCAAAACUAAUUCAAUAGUGAGAUUUCUUCACAGGUUCAACUUUAUAGUGUGUGAUCGUUGGGUCUUGGACGUAGGUACAUCCUUGGUCAGGAUUUUAGCAAUGACCAUCCAAGGAAUCGUAAACAUCAUCAAACCAAAUGACACCUGAAGAAGAUCCCAUUUAUAUGUAUUGCUUUUCAGAAAUCCAAUCUGAUGUAUAUGAUACUGAAAUAUCCUUGACUGGUUAUACCAUCUAUGCAGGUUGACAACCAUUUUUUUUUA